UAUAAGUCUUCUAAUUUUAUAAAUUAUAAAACUUCUAGGUAAGAAUGGCCGAAACAGGCGAAUUAUUAGAGAUUUACAAAAAUGUGACCCUUCCAGAUCAAAAACUGUCAUAGAUCUUUUAUAAUUCCAAUUUUACAACUCCAGAAACACGAUAAAAUUAACUGAAGCUGCUGAGUGAUCUCGGCUCUUACGAUUUGCACUGAUUUCUAAAAAGGAGGCCCUGAAAUGCAAAAGAAAUUGUGCUAUUUUUAUUGAAUUCGCAAGAUUUUUGAUUUCCUUCAGUAAAGAGCUCCCAAGAUAUGAUUAACACCGAACCCAGUAGCCUAAUGAAUAGAUGCGACCAGAUGCAACAGCAGCUUUCCAUGCUCCCUAUGACCUCUGAGUUAAUCUUGCAGCAGGAUCCUCCUAGAGAGGAGGGGGAAGAGAUUCCCUUUGAUAUAAGUGACCAAUUUUAGCAAAUUUCAACUCCAAUCAGACUCAGAUAACGAAAUUGACACUCUCGGAAACACGAGUGACCAAGAACUCUCGGAUGAUGAAAACCUCACAAGAGCCCCUAAACUCAGAGCAAUGAGUCUUGAAAGCCAAGAAGACACUCAAAACUUUAUGCUCCCCACUGCAGCUUUGAAUACAAUGGAUAAUGAUGGAAAUAUGCUUGAUUUUGGAAAUUUCAACAGUCAAUAUACAUUGGGUGACCAACUUGGUCAACUUCAAAGUCCUCCUCAAACUCAAGACUACGAAUCCCAAUUGUUACAAUUUCCCAGUGGUAUUCCUUCUCAAUUACAGUUUGCAAAAAGUGAACAAUUAGAAGAAAAACAAGAUGAAAAAGAACAGCAAGAUUAUAAUGAACAACUAGAAUCAUAUGAACAAUUAGAACAAAAUUCUUUAGAUCAGCAACAGAUUAUUAUAUCAGAUAACCAAGGCCAAGCAGAGUUAGAAUGCUCGAACUCUGGAUGGAUUUUGGGUAUCCAAACUCCCCAGGAGAAUCCAGAAGGAGUUUCCAACCAACCCGGCUACCAACCUCAGACUAUUUUAGGUUUCCUGUCCUCUCAAGUUUCAACACCGUUGACAUAAGAUGGACCUUAGCCAGCACUGUGCUUGGGCUAGGACCCUAGCCCUUCAGCACUUCUCAUUGAUAUUACUCUU